AUGAAUUGCCCCAGCAACCCUCGUGAGCUAGCGUUCAAGCGCAACUACAGGUGUCUCUUUAUGGUGAUGUUUUUGGCUUUGUGUGUCAACGCUGACGCAUUUGUCCCAAAGACUCCUCUUUCGCAGACCACCGUGAACAAAAACAAACAUUCCCAUACUCUACUUCACCUCACUCCCAACAACAACAACAAGAACAAUAAUAAGGAAAGCCUCACUAAUGUUGGAAUUGCCACAACUUCCACCUUUUUCGAAGAACAGCGCACCACCACCACAAGAUUCGAUCAGCUUACCAACUUUGUUGCCGAACGUACUCCUGGCGUAGCUUUGGCUGCUGCUCUCGGACAACUAUCCAUUGCAGUCUCCAAGACUCCACUUGGGACUCAUGUAUCUCCAUUGCUAUGGGCCACCAUCUUUGGCAUGGUGUAUGGAAAUUGCUUGCACAAGGGCGAUGCCAAGCGCACCCUUGCUUCUGGAAUCAAGUUUUCCAAGGGACGCUUGCUGCGUCUUGGUAUCAUCUUGUAUGGAUUCAAGAUUACCUUGCAACAAAUUGCUGGCAUUGGCUUUGCUGGACUUGCCACGGACGCUUUCAUUGUGUCAUCGACCCUCUUUUUGGGUGUCAACUUGGGCCAAAAACUUUUUGGUUUGGACGAGACUACUUCCACUUUGAUUGGAUCCGGUGCUGCCAUUUGCGGCUGCUCGGCUGUCUUGGCCACUCAACCUGUCGUCGGAGGAGAGUCUCAUCAAGUCUCUGCCGCUGUCGGAACCGUGGUGAUGGGUGGAACCCUUUCCAUGUUCUUGUAUCCCCUCUUGUACAAGUGGAUCCCCUGCCUGACAGCCAAUCCCAAACUCAUGGGUAUCUUUACUGGUUCCACCAUGCACGAGAUUGCUGGAGUGGUCGCUGCCGGAAAGGCCAUGGGCGGGGACGUUGCUGUCACUGCAGUUGUCACCAAGUUGGCCCGUGUUUUGCUUUUGGCACCCGCCUUGAUGUCACUUUCUUGGUUCAAAAACCGCAAGUGCCUCCUAGAAGCCAAGGCUGCCGGCAAAGCAGUCGAGCAAAGCGGAUGCAAGAUUGUUCUUCCAUGGUUUGCCUUUGGAUUUGUGGGCCUUUCGGCCUUGAACUCGGUGUUGCCAAUUCCAGCUGCCUUGGUCAAGAUGGCCAGCAAGACUUCGGCCUUUUCUCUUAUUUGCGCCAUGGCCGCCUUGGGAAUCGAUUCCGACUUGGUGGAAAUUCGCAAGUUGGGACCCAAGCCUGUGCUCCUUGCCGCUAUGCUUUGGGUUUGGUUGACGGUUGGUGGAUUGGGAGCUGCCCGCUUCUUCUUGGGUGUCUAA